AUGCCUGCAUCUGUUGGAAAGGACGCUGGACGUUUGCGCAAUCUUAGCUCUGGGCGCUUGGACAUGAUGUCUGCGGCAGUCGCAGGGCGCGCGCCAUGCAGUUUUGAAAUGCAAGCGAAGACUGCAGACAGUGAAGUGCAUUUGGCAGUUGUCAGGCUGUACUGGUGCAUUGCAUUGCAGGCAAUUGCAGGGAGAUUCUACUGGUGCUCCACAAUAUCGGCCACGGGCCAUCACGCGUACCUGGCAGAAGAGACAAGAGGCGGCUUCCAUCUGGUUGGAGCCGUGAGCUCCCAUUCCAAAAACGCAUGGCUCUCUGUUUUGGAGGACGAGAAAAUCGUCAACUUCUCUGAUGAGGGUCUCUUCUCUGAGAUUGGUAAUGCAUUCCUGCAGGUGGCGCUCACAUUCUGCGCGCAAGUCGUUCUCCGGGGCCAGAUCAGGAAGAUCAGAGGGUCCGUCGGGAUCUGCGCGGCCAUACUGGCACCACUAGCAUCGGCUGCCUUUCAGUUCGGCUCUUGCACCUUGAGAGUCUUGCCCAACCUUUGUACUCCCAGGGACGCCGCAUUGAGCCAGUUCCACAUGCCGGGCAACCUCUGCCCGUUCCUGCUGCGACGUCCAGCAGGAGCGAUUGUGAUUCCGAUGCUGAAGAAGAAUCAGCCAGGCGAAAGUUUCAUGUUCCCCCUGCAAGCUAUGAGCUAUGCUGAGGCGUUGAGGUGGUUGAGGCAUUUUCUCCUCAUGCCUUGGGCGUCCUCACCACCAGAGGUACCGCCCCUCAAUUUCACGGUGCAUAGUCUCAAAGCCACCAUGCUUUCCAUGUCCCUUCAAGUCAAUGUUGAUGAGGUUGAUAGGAAACGUCAAGGGCACCACCGCAUAAGCAGCUCCGCUCUUUAUUCCCGUGACGAUGUUCAUGGCAUGCUUCGGUGCCAAACUUGCAUUCGUGAUAGCAUUCGCACAGGCUUCCGAUUUUUGGUCCCCCAGCACAGAGGGGGGCAGCAGCCCUUGACGCCAGCGUAUGUUCCACCGGAAGCUUUCUCUAAGGACUACGAGUUUGAACCCUUCCAGUGGUUCUCGUUUCAACUUGAUGGCAGUGAUGAUUUACUUCAGAGCAGUAAUGGGAGUUGGGAGGUCGCAGAAAAUCAAUUAGUCACCCCUGAUCCAGACACAGAGGCGCUGGACAAAGAUCUCGUGUAUCACUCUGACCCAGGAUCUUCAGAUGAGAGCGAGGAGGAACCUUCGGCACCCCCAGCCGAGGAGCACAACUUAGGUGAGCCCGAUGAAUUCUUGCUGGGCUCCUGCACCGCGGUGUUGCAUGUGCUCUGCCCUGCAGAUGCUUUAUCAGGCACACUUGUCAAUGGCACAUAUAUGCGUGCAAAGUGUGGUGCCACUCUUCCGGCCGAUCGGCUCAUGAUCCACACAUCAGUAUCAAGAAUUGUUCUAGCGCUGAGUACCAACAUUAGCCCUGCGUUAUCUUUGCUUGACAUGGCUGACUCUGAGUUGGAGAGUGCACUGGCGAAGGAAGGCCUAGCAGCAGAGGUCAUCAAAGUGGCCACGGAAGGGGGCUGGACAGCCUCGGCUUUCAAACAUGUCGUUGAAACCCAGGCAGAAGUUGAGGGAGCCAUCCCCGAGAUCUUCCCAGCUACAAUCGAAGUGACCGAUGCCAAUAUGGGGAUCAGUGGUAUCCAGCGGAUCUUGGCAGUGCAUGACGUUGCAUUAGCCAUGGUUGGCUCAGCGCACCUUGCCCGCCUCAAAGCCUAUAGCUGCAAGUUUGUCCAGCUCGUGUCCCAGCGUUUCGACCCAGCAUCAGGACUGCGUGCACCGACAAUUCUAGAAGCGCAACAGGCAGAUUGUCGGAUUUGGCAGAGCAUCCACUCUUUGGUCAGUGAGAAAGCCUGGAGCUUGAAUGACGCGUUGCAUGAGUUCACAGAAAUUAGAGGUGAGCUCAGCACCUUGUUGCAGGACAAGGGCGGUAAGCCCAAGGGCGCUCCAGGGAGGCACAUCACCUUCGUGAAAGAAAUCCAGGUGCAAGCCGUAUCGCUGGAUAUGAUAUCCAGCCUGCAGCUCGGCCAUCCGCGUUACUGUCGGCCUCUUGGCCUCCACGCGUUCUUCCCGCCAGGUGAGACCUGGAAUGCCUUGUGUGUCAGCAGGAAUAUCCUGACGUCCCCGCACAAGGACACAGCAAAUUUGCCGGGGUCGUCAAACUUGACAGUGGGUAUAGGUUCGUGCUCGGAUGGAGGUCUUUGGAUAGAGGAUCAAGCAGGCACUGUGCCUCAGUUCAUUCCCAAGCUUGGGGUGACUCUCAUGGGGAAGAUCGUCAGAACGCAUCAUGAGCCAUUUAAGUUCCCGGUGCACCUAUGGCAUUGCACCCAACCAUGGCUUGGUGAUCGCUGGGUGCUGACGGCCUUUACCCUCCCAGGUGCCAUGUCCUGGGAUGAAGCCUGCGUUCAAGGCUGGUUGCAUUGUGGGUCCACAGCUCUCAUUGUUCUCCCAGCCUGUGCAUUUGGGGAGAACUGGGCAAAAACUUGGCUGUUUGCAUCGAGCUUUCAAGCCCUCUCGGUGAUGGGGCAGACGUGUCAACACGGACGCAAUGCUCACGAGUCCGUGCAAAGACGUGAGAGUGAUGGUUCGUUCAGAAGCCGUAAGACUGCUAAGUACCCUGAAUGCCUGGCUGCCGAAUUCGCGUUGCACAUCAGGCCGCUUCUUGCAGGUGCACAGAUCGAACACACCCUUGCCACAGCGUCGGCGUUGGUACCUGUCAAGGCCCUGGACGUUGGACCGUGGGUGAUCCACGAUGGGGCAGGUAUGGCGACGGAUGCAAAUACAUGGGAGGUCCGUGAGCAUCAACCUUUGCAUCUGCAUGCGCUUGAGGCACUUGCCUGUUUUUGUGGUGAUCCGGAUGUGAGUCUUUGCAAAUCCCUUUUGCAAGGCGUCCCCACAGGGUAUAACAACGAUAUCCCGGUGUCAAAUUGUUUUUGGCCGAAUCAGAAGGAGAACUUGGAGGAUGUAUCACUUUCCAUCCACAUGCAGAAUUGGCGCUCGGCCUCAGUUGAUCCGUCAGUGACUCAGGCUUUGCUGCAGGAGGAAAUUGAUCAGGGUUUUUGCUUCAAGUUUGAUGGCGAUAUUGAAGCAGCUAAAGCAAAAUGGCCGGGUGCACUGGCGAUAGGGAAGUUAUCAGUGGUCCGUGCGCCAAAUCGAUCGGAAAGGUUGGUCUUAGAUAACUCAGUUUGUGGCACGAAUGCAAGUUGCAGCGUUCCGGAAGUCCAGCACAUGCCAUCAGUGAGGGACGUGAUGCACUGUUUUCCCCUUCGGGGCACUCGCUCGCGGCAAGCUGCCAUAUCUCUUGACGUCAAAAGUGCUCACAAACGCUGUGUUGUCAAGGAGUCAGAGCAGGGUCUCCUAGGUUUCGCUUUUGCAGAUUCCCUGUACUUCUAUCGCGUGGCCCCAUUCGGGGCGGUCUUUGCACAGCAUUGGCCCUUGGCGUGGGGCGAGGCGGCACUGAGUGGUGACCUCUGCCGAGGAGGACGAUGCGGUGUGCUCACCUUCAGCGGCUUGCAUCCAAGCAGGCCAGAUAGGACGAAGACUUUUUAUCCAUCGGAUGCUCGGGCUAUUGUUAAAAGGAAGAUGACGCAGAUGCGGACGAUGAGGAUGCCGUGUUUGCAGAUUCUGCAGACCCCGCACAUUCUCCUGUUUCACCUGGUUCUUCUUUGUCAGAUAGCCGUGGAGACACGGUGCGCCCGCUUUUGUGCAUAUCAGUGUCGAGUUGAAGCUUGGACGCUUUGCAGAUUCGCGUAUUUGUUCGUGUCCGCCCACUGCAUGUUCGCGAGGACUGUUCGGGUGAUGUUGCUAACAGUCUCGACCUUCCUGAGGUGGGACAUGUGCUUGGCUGAGCUUGACAGCUUGCUUGGCUUUCGGCCUCGUGUGUGUGAGGUGCCGAAUGCUGGUGACAGCCCUUUCAGCAAUCCGCUGCAGCUUGCUGGUGGCAAUUGUGCAACUUCGUUCACGUUCUUGUUUGUGCUGCGUCGCGGCGCAAAUCGCAUUACCCCUUUUGAUCAGACAAUGCUGUGGGAACACAGUGAAGCCGUUGCAGGCAACCGAUUUGACUACAAAUGCCCUUUCACCAGCUGUGUUGCAGCCAACCUGCACUGCGUCAUUCUUGCUAGUGGCGGCAGCCUGGUGAUAAGCUUCUUUCUGGAGAAUGCCACUGCCGACUUGAGUUUCUCGGUAGACCCUGUCCAGCCACCUGGUUCAACCUUGGCUGUGCCUCUAGGUCAGGUGAGGGUCACACAUUGCGCUGUUGGAGUGGCAAUGAGCCGGCUGCGAUUCAGCGGUUCAUUCAUGUUUGAGUCCGCGCUGACUCAGCUGGAACCUGCGCUGCAGCAGUUUGUGAACCAGGAGCUCCCGAGUGUGGCAUGCUCACAAAUUUCACCGCUUUUGGAACAGCAGGCGACUGCAGCGUUGGCAUCUGUUCUGACCCAGGUGGAGCCACUGCUGACAGGACAUCAUCAGCUUCCACCAGCGCCCCAUCCUGUUGGCAAUGUGGUUGACUGGUCCAGCUUCCCACCAGCUCGCCUUCUCCACGGACUAAUCAAGAGCAAACAAGGCGUCGUGGCAAGCUUGAUGAAGCGAAUCUCUGCGCAGAAGGUGCCAUUGGACGAGCUACACAUCAAUCGCAGCAUCAUUGUUGACGCCCUGGGAACGACCUUCCGCAGCUAUUUGCAGGAGGUGACAGUGGAAGGCUUGGACAGCUUUGUGGAAGGAAGCUUGGAUGUGCGUGGACAUGGUCAGAUCUUGACAUCCACAGCCUCAUUUAGUGAUCUGAGAUUUUCGGUAAAAAUACAGGCUCAGUUGGAAUCUGUAGAUCGACGAUCAUUGAAGCAAGCUCUCCCUCUUCUAGAAAACUUUGAGAUGUUGGUUGAAUUGGGCAACAUCAGCGCAGAGACGGAUGUCCUUGCCAUGGUCUCCCAGGAGGCCUUGGCGGCUUUGGAGGUGGACCAGUUCCAGAAGCUCGAGUGCUUGGUGACCUGCGCACGUGGGGCAGCCUUGGGGCCAGAGGCACCGGUGGCUCUGCGCAGGUUUGAGAUCCAGAACAUGACGAUCCCCAUGGCUCGUAUGAUUGGUGGUGAUUCCCUUGGAGAUGAUCUUGCGGCUGCGAUGACUGCAAUGCUAAGGGCAACUCUCCAUGGCUAUGCCGCCUCAAUUCCGAAGAUCAUUCAGUCCUCCACGAUAAUCCUCCAUGAUGCGCUGAACGACAUGGUGCAGCAAACGCUGGAGCAGACUCCGCCGUGCCAGAACACGGAGGUCUACUUCGGCCCUGAAGGCUUGGUCAACAUGUUCCUGCUCCUGGCUUCUUUGUUGCUGGCACUGAUCGGCGUGGUGUCUGGGAUAGGAGCUGAAAUGCGGAGUGACGAAGACGAUGAACGCUGGGGUCGUUUUUGCAACAAAUCGUCUUUGGCAGCUUGUCCAGCUGUCCCACGCGGCGUGUCGGUGGGGUAUCCGUUCUUUCUGGUUGCCACCAUGUUCCUGUUUCUCUAUUCUGAUCUGGGAUUGGGAACAGUCAUAAACAUUGUCUUUCAAGCUGGCUCGGAGCGCAUGAAAGUUGGUCCAGCAUUUUCCUUUUCGGUAUUGACACUUUCUCGAGACAGCCUGCGAGGAGGUGCAUGGCUGUUGGCUGUCUUUAUAGUUGGACUGAGCGGCGUUUGGCCUUUCGUCAAGCUCGGGCUGCUGUUGCAUGUGUGGCUGGCGCCAACCACAAGUCUGAGACCGUCUCGACGCAGCCGAAUGCUGCUGUUCUUAGAUGAGUAUGGAAAGUACAGCCUAGUUGACUCAUGGCUCGCCAUCCUUGCCCUUUGUGCCUUUGAUAUCAAAUGGUUCGGGGAGGACGUUUCUGUACAAGUGACCCCGGUGCCGAUGCUUCCAUUUUUCACCUUCGUCAUAGCAAGUGUGCUGUCAUUGGUCCUUGGCCACAUCGCGACAGAGCUGAACAGGCGAAGUUUGGAGGACGCCCUACCAUCGAGGCAGUCUUCCCGAAGAAGCAUCGAGUCCGGGCCACGAAACAGCCUGUGGCGUGGACUUUCUCGAGGCCAUGCAGCUCUACUUCUGUCGCUGACUCUUCUGACUGGCAUCGCUUUGGUUGGUGCAGCGCCUCUGACAUCUCUGCAGUACAAGGUGUCUGGUGUGAUUGCCGACCUGCUGCUGAAUCCCGAGGAGAAAGAUCUGAAGUACAGCCUUGUCAGCUUGGGCACGUUCUUAACGACCGGCUUUCAAGAGUCUGGUGGCUUGCACGUAGUUCAGCUCAUUUUCUUCACCUUCACCCUGGCCAUUCCACUGCUGCUGGUCUUUGCUGUUCUGGCGCUUCUGCUGAUGCCCAUGAAACGAACUCAGCACAUUUUUCUCUGGAAACUCUGCCAUGUGCUGGAUGCUUGGGCAGCUUUUGAUGUUUUUGUCCUGGCGGUCGCAGUGGCAAACUUCGAAUUCUGGAUAUUCACCAAUUUUCUGAUCUAUCACGACAAUUUGGCUGCCGCAUGUGGAUGGGUGCGUGAAAACCUUGAGCUAGAGUGUUUGGCCAUGGAAUGUCACGUACUUCCGGGGUUCUCUCUCCUUGCUGCAGCAGGCGUUGGGUCGUAUGCUGUCCCGAAGAUGGUGCUUUCAUCCUGCGAGGGUCUAUUGGACCAGGCAGAGCCCAUAUCGGACAGCGAUGAUGAAGAGAGCGAGCUGCUCUGA